UGAAGGAUGAGAUUAUUAAAUAAAUAGCAUAAACAAUCUCCCACUCUGUAGUCUGUAACGCUGUAACGCGGAACGCCUAAUGCGGAGCUGGUGACAUAAUCACCGUCACAGAAGUCACCAGCUGACAUCAAACUCUGCGGAACACCCUCUCUCUCUCUCUCUCUCUCUCUCUCUAUGCUCAUAUCUCCAAAACAAGUAUUUGGGCUUCUAACAUUUGAGGUAAUAAUCGUUCUGUGUUUCAAUCUUAAACUAGGGUUUAUAAUUUAAUCAACUAUACGCAUUUUGAUUCAUUGAUUAAUUCCUUAUGAAAAAAACUUGAAUUAUAUGUCAACGUUCUUUUGAUCAACCAUCUUCUUGCCCUAAUUUUACGUCAAGAUUUUAGAGAAUGUGGUCAACAUUAUCCUGUUUAAGUUUCUCUUUCUUUUUAAAUUUUAUUUUGAAUUGGCAAAGGAGAGGGGAUUUGUACCACCAAGGUAUUUGGUAUUUUGGUGGGCCGAUAGAGUUCGAUUCCAGAUGAACACUUGUUUAAUUGAUUAUUAAUUAUGGAACUCUUUAAUAAUUCGUGUUGAAUCUGUUGCAUUGUCUUUUGCUUCGUUGAUAAUUAAAUCGUGAAGUAUUGUGAGAGUAGAAGGCUGGGUACCAAGUAAGGAGAUAAUGCCACAAAUACAAAUAUAUAAUCACUGUUUAUGCUUUCAUUAGCAGUUUUUUCCAUAAUUUGCAGGAGGCACAUUAAUUGCUUGAGUUUCAUAAUGGCAAAAUUUAGGAUCACCAUCAGUAAGUGUAUGUUACUAGCCAUAGGAGGUUGCAAACCAUGUCUUAUAUAGAUUUGCGCCAGUUGUUUUAGACUGCUAAUAUUUGAAUUUUUGGGUCCUGGAUGAAUUUAUUUGUAUUGAAAGCAAACAACAUCAUGAAAAUAAACCAAAAAUUCCAACUAAGUUCUUUCAGGAAAACAUCAAAAGAAGAGUGUUUUGAGGUACCAUAAACGCAGACUAACCAAGGGAUUGACUGCAAAGAACUUGAUUAAAUCUGGAUCAGCGGGAACAUAGGAUUAGGUGCUCCCUUGGAAGAGUCACAAUGCUUAAAGUAAUUACCAUAAAUCAGAGUCAGCGAGAAUUAUGGAAUGGCUUCUUAUUCUCACUUUACCCUUCAUCCACACUCUGUAAACUGGAUCAGUUCAUGUUUACUAAAUGCAGGUCUGCAGGGGCCAAAAGUGACCCUAGAGAGGUGCAGAUAGCAAUGAGUUUGCGAUUUGGCAUUGUCUAACCAGAAUGCCAGGCAUACCUUUAGUUUCUCGUGAAGCCAAUUACUCCAGAGACUCAGAUCAGAUGUGCCGCCAAGAACCCCGUGUUCAUUUGUCCGAGGAAGAGCAAACUGCAGCCGAAGAAAGCCUUUCAGUUUAUUGCAAGCCUGUAGAACUAUACAACAUUCUUCAACGCCGUGCUAUUAAAAAUCCGUCAUUUCUCCAAAGAUGUCUGCACUACAAAUUGCAAGAGAAAUACAAAAGAAGGGUACAAGUAUCGAUAUCCAUAAGCGGAGCUAUUGGUGGACUGCAAACUCAGAGUCUUUUCCCCUUGUACAUAUUGUUGGCGAGACCAGUUUCUACUCCGAAUGGGGAGACACAGCGUUCUAGUGUUUAUCGCUUCAAACGGGCCUGCAAGUUGACUUCUUUUAAUGGAGCUCAGUCAGUGAGGUCAGCUCGAGCAAAAUUUAUUCUGCCCGAGAUUAAUAAGCUAUCAACAGAGGUCAAAUCUGGCUCUCUUGCUAUGUUGUUGGUGAGCUGUGCUGAUAUCACCAAUCCUAAAGAGAUUGAUCUAACCAAGGACCAUAUGUUUUCUCCUGCUUCAAAUAUCGGGGGUUACUGCUUAUUGGGGAAGAUUCCGAUGGAUUUCCUUCAUCUGUCAUGGGAGAAUUCUCCAAACCUAAGUUUAGGAGAGAGAGUUGAGUUGAUGUCAACUGUUAGCAUGCAGUCCUGUUAUAUGAAGUUGAGUUGUUCAGACGAGGAGAAAUGUGUAUCUUUUCAGUUUCCAUACAAUUCUGAAGCUGUGAGUAUAUUGCAGCAAGUACCAGUCAUGAUUUCCGCAGAAGAACUUGGGGCAAAAGAUAUAUCUCCUUAUGACUUGUACUCAUACAACAAUAUUCCUCCUAAUUCGCUGCCUCAUGUUAUAAGGCUAAGAGCUGCGAAUGUCAUUUUCAACUACAAGUACUACAACAAUAUGCUGCAGAGAAGCGAAGUUACAGAAGAUUAUUCAUGUCCAUUCUGCUUGAUGAAAUGUGCAAGUUAUAAGGGUUUGAGACUUCACUUGGUUUCGUCACAUGAUCUGUUUCGCUAUGAGUUCUGGGUAAAUGAAGAUUAUCAAGUUGUAAUUGUAUCUGUGAAGACCGAUACAUGCAAUUCUGAGAUUUUUGGCAACAUUGUUGAUCCUAGACAACAGUCGCUUUUCUUUUGCCAUAAGCCCUUGGGACGCAAGGAACCAGGGAACCGAACUCCAAAUGCACUUGAUGUUCAUCCGCUUGUGUUGGAUCCAGAUAUGACUGCAACUAUCAGUGACUUAAGAGAUAUACUUGCAUACUCCAAUGCUAAGAUGUUCAUAAGUGGUGUUUCUGAGCGUGUGGAACGGGAUAUUCGUAGUCCUAAUGCAACAUGUCCAUCAAGUGCUACUGGUGUCUCAUUCGCUGGACAAGAAUCUGCUGCCCAAUCAAUACCUGCAAGCAACCUUGCACCUCCUGCACUGCUACAAUUUGCAAAGACGAGGAAGUUAUCAGUUGAAAGAUCCGAUCCCAGAAACCAAGUGCUGUUGCAGAAGCGGCAAUUCUUUCACUCUCAUAGAGCACAGCCAAUGGCAUUGGAGCAAGUGUAUGCAGAGCAAGACAGUGAAGAUGAAGUCGACGAUGAUGUUGCUGAUCUUGAAGACCGAAGGAUGCUUGAUGACUUUGUGGAUGUUACUCAAGAUGAGAAGCAAAUGAUGCAUCUUUGGAACUCUUUUGUGAGAAAGCAACGGGUGCUGGCGGAUGCACAUAUUGCCUGGGCGUGUGAAGCAUUUUCUAACUUGCAUGGAAAAGACCUCGUCCGUACGCCACAACUGCACUGGUGUUGGAGGUUAUUCAUGGUUAAGCUAUGGAACCAUGGUCUUCUUGACCCUAAAACCAUGAACAAAUGUCACCUGAUGCUUGACAAAUACGAACACCAAUACAGAACCCCCAAUACCUGAUCAUCAUCAUCCUUUCUUUCUUACUUGGCUAGAAAAAGUGUUGUAAUUUAUGCACUUCCAUUUUCAACAUUCUUUUGUUCUCAUUGUUAUGUAGUACAAGAUUCAUUUAUUGCAACUUUUAUAACGGAGUUCUUAUUCACAUCCA